AUGGGGGCCGCUUCGAGCAAAUCGGCGGCGACGGCGGCAGCAGCGACUUCGUUCGUCGCGCAGAACCGCGUGAUCCGCAGCAACUUGACGCUGGCGCAAGUCGUCGCUCUCUCACGCAGUUUACAGUCCAAUACCGGUUCUUCCUCAACGCGUGACUCGCCAAUUGGCUCCAACCGGGAGCUCCUCGAGAUGCCUCACGACCUGCGGAAGCACGUGGAACAGGCCCCUCCCGACUACGACCGCGUCCAGUUUCUCGAGGAGAACACGCGCGCGUUCGAAGCCACGGCCAGCGGCCACCGCCCGCGCUCGUCGCAGCCGAUUCGUCUUCCGACGGAUAAAACGAACGCCGCGUCUUCCACAGGAGCUGGUGGCAAUGACGAAGCUCCGGUGCAAGGGCGACUCACGGCGCGAGACUUGCGGACGUUAUUGCGACUUUAUUAUGCCACCCCCGAGAGCUGGACGCCUGAUGUCUUGGCAGAGAAAUACGGUCUCGAUGUUGUGACGAUGCGCGGCAUUCUCGAUAGCGUCGGACCGCCCAAUGUUUUGCCACCGAGAGGCACGUCCGACCAUCCACUGGGCGUGUGGUUUGACGCUCCCGGGAUGCUUCCAGCGCACGGGAUAUCGCAGUAA